AUGGCAAAGGGCCAGGCCUAUGCCGACGGUUUGGCCGUCGGCAUAGGAUUGCCUUAUCCGCUGCGGUUCGCCCCCGCACCACCCAUUCCCCAUCUCCCCCUUUCCCCCGACCCACACCCGCGCCGCCGCCGGAUCCUCUGCUCCACCCACCGCUGCCCUUCCUCCGUUCGCUGCCGCCGCCCUUCCCUCGCCCUCCUCCGCCGCCGCCCCACCCGCACUCUGGGCCGCCGCCCUUCGCUCGCCACUCGCCGCAGCCCGCCCCACCCGCGCUCCGCCCCGGCCUCGUCAUCUCGGCUCGCGUCGCCGCCGCCCUUCCCUUGCCGCAGUGGGGCGCGUGGACUCCUCCCCGGCCACCCCUCGGCCACGCCCUCGUCGACCUCGGUCCGGCCGGACCUCUCCGAGCCCACUCCUCCCUCACCGCCGCCCAACCGUUGCUCCGGCCGGCGGCUAGGCUGCACCGGCCCUCCUCUGUCGAUGCUCCGGUCGGCCUAG